AUCUGUUAGUUUAGCAAAUAUAAGGAACACAUGUUUGCAUUGAUACAAAUUACCAAUUGAGAACUCAACUGCCGAAAUAUAACGACCAAAAAACUGGAAAAACCAUUACUUCAAACCUUUCAUGACGCAAAUAUUUUCCAGUUGUUUCUUCAAAAGAUCUCUUGUAAUUUUUCAUGUAUAUUCUAUACGAUUAUCAUUCAUCAAUACAUUUUCUACUGGUGACUGGAAACAAGCAGCAAUCACCAAGAAGAAGACUUUUUCUCACAUUUUCCAAGAAUGUACUCAUCAAAGAGCUAUAAAUCCGGGCAAACAAGCACAUUCCCAGAUGAUAAUUUCUGGGUUCGAACCCACAAUCUUUGUUACCAAUUGUUUGAUUCAAAUGUAUGUAAAAUGCUCGCGGUUAGGGUAUGCACGCAAGGUGUUUGACCAAAUGCCUCAACGAGAUACAAUCUCUUGGAACUCCAUGAUUUUUGCGUAUUCUGGGGAAGGCAAUAUGGAAGUUGCGCAGCUUCUUUUUGAUUCAAUGCCAGAGAGGGAUGUAGUGUCAUGGAAUACCUUGAUUUCGAGUUAUUUGCAGAGUAGGAAUCAUCAUAAAUGUGUGGAGAUUUUCUUGCAGAUUGUUAAAGAAGGCGUGUGUUUUGAUCACACUACCUUAGCUGUGGUUCUGAAAUGUUGCUCAUUUUUGGAGGACUUUAUACUAGGUAUACAAAUUCACGGGCUUGCGGUGAAAUCGGGUUUGGAGAGUGAUAUGGUGACAGGAAGUGCUUUAGUUGAUAUGUAUGCAAAAUGCAAAUAUUUGGACGAGUCCUUGAGGUUCUUCUAUGCAAUGCCUGAAAAGAAUUGGGUUUGUUGGAGUGCAUUAAUCGCGGGUUUUGUGCAGAAUCAUCAGUUUACUAAUGGUUUGGAAUUGUUUAAGGAGAUGCAGAGUCAAGGAUUGGUUGUAAGCCAAUCAACUUAUGCUAGUGUCUUUAGGUCAUGUGCAGGGCUAUCUGCACUUAGUUUAGGCCAUCAACUGCAUGCUCAUGCUUUGAAGACUAACUUUGGUACUGACAUCAUCGUCGCAACUGCUACUUUAGAUAUGUAUGCGAAAAGUAAGAGUUUAGUAGAUUCUAGGAAGGUAUUUAACUCUAUGCCCAAACAUAGUGUGCAAUCCUAUAAUGCCAUGCUAGUUGGUUACGUGCAAAGUAAUCAAGGUCCUGAAGCAUUAAAGUUGUUUGUAAAUCUGAUAAAAUCUGACCUUGGCUUUGAUGAAGUUACUCUGUCAGGUGCUUUUAGUGCCUGUGCUGUGGCUAAACAAUUAUCAACAGGUUGUCAACUGCAUGGUCUGGUUAUGAAGAGCAAAUUUCAGUCUAAUGUUUGUGUAACAAAUGCAAUUUUGGACAUGUACGGAAAAUGUGGAGAUAUUUUAGGAGCAAAAGGUGUUUUUGAUGAGAUGAUUAGAAGGGAUGCUGUGUCUUGGAAUGCGAUAAUUGCAGCUUGUGAGCAAAAUGGUCUGGAAGAGGGAACUCUACGCCUGUUUGUUGAAAUGCUGGCUUGUGGGAUGGAACCUGACGAAUUUACUUAUGGCAGUGUUUUGAAAGCUACAGCUGGAAAGCAUUUUGCAAAAUAUGGCAUGGAGCUUCAUACCCGAGUUAUCAAAUCUGGAAUGGGCUUUCACCCUUUUGUGGGAAGUACUUUGGUGGAUAUGUACUGCAAGUAUGGAUUGAUUGAUGAGGCUAUGAAGCUUCGUGACCGACUAGGAAAACAAAACAUUGUUUCAUGGAAUGCAAUUAUUUCAGGCUGUUUACAGCAAAAUAUGGAAGAUGAAGCCCUGCGAAUUUUUUCUUUGAUGUUGGGAACGGGCAUUGAACCUGAUAAUUUUACUUAUGCAACAGUUCUAGAUACCUGUGCUAACCUGGCAACCGUGGGACUUGGGAAGCAAAUCCAUGCUCAAAUCAUUAAGCAUGAACUGCAAGCCGAUGUAUAUAUUGUAAGCACUCUCGUCGACAUGUAUUCAAAAUGUGGCAAUAUGCAAGACUCUCAGCUCAUGUUUGAAAGGGCUUUAGAGCGGGAUUUUGUGACAUGGAACGCAAUGAUAUGUGGUUAUGCUUAUCAUGGUUUUGCGGAAGAGGCUCUCCAAGUCUUUGAAGAUAUGAAGAGAGAGAAAGUAAAGCCAAACCAUGCAACUUUUAUUGCAGUUCUCCGAGCUUGUGGUCAUAUGGGGCUAGUUGAAAAUGGCUGGGAUUACUUUUGCUCAAUGCAAAGCUAUGGAUUGGAUCCUCAACUGGAUCAUUAUUCGUGCAUGGUAGAUAUGCUGGGGAAGUCGGGGCAGGUUGGAAAAGCUUUACAGCUUAUUGAAGAUAUGCCAUUUGAGGCUGAUGACGUUAUUUGGAGAACCUUGUUGAGCGUCUGCAAGAUGUUUGGAAAUGUAGAGAUUGCAGAAAAGGCUGCAAAUUCCAUCCUUCAACUAGAUCCCGAGGAUUCCUCAGUCUAUAUUCUCCUUGCAAAUGUAUAUGCUGAUGCAGGUAUGUGGGAUGAGGUUUCUUUGAUGAGGAAGACCAUGAGGAAAAAUAAGGUUAAAAAGGAGCCAGGUUGUAGUUGGAUAGAGGUGACAGGAGAUGUCCACACAUUCUUGGCUAAUGAAAAGGCUCAUCCUAGCCGUGAAGCAAUAAUGGAAGAACUUAAUUUGCUUUACAAUGAGAUGAGAGAGCUUGAAUAUUUACCUGAGAGAGACUUUUCUCUGAAUGUUGAAAUUGGAUGAACAGAAUCGACGGAAUUUGCAGGACUGCAGAGAGUAGGCAAUGAUGGGGGAAUAUAUUUGAGCCACUGGAUGACUGCUUAGUUGACUUGAUUCUAUGGAAUAUUGAUGCAAGGUGAAUUAUGAAUAUAAUUAAACGAAGAGUAGAUGGAAUUGAAAGCAAGGUGUAUUAAAAGGGUUCAGGAACCUAAUAUGCUAUGCCACAGAACAUGAUGUAUUUUCAGGGAACUGUGCGAUACUCUGUAAGCUCUGGUUUGGGAUGAUUUCACAAUCUGUCAUAUGCCCCAAAGGAUAAAGUUGAUGGAUCAUUGUUAUUACCAGUUGGCAGAAUAUGAGUGAUCCAGAAAUUAUAGCAGAGCUACUCAUGCAGGUAUAUGCAGUAAUGCAGACCAUUCAAGUCAACUAUCUUUUGACGAGUCUCUAACAAGAUGUCGAGAAAGCAAUGUUCCUGUUUGUCUCGUGUAUGUGAAAGAGGAUCCAUGGGUGAAGCCCAUCAGGGGCCAACAGGUGAAGAAGCAACUUGCAGAAGCCCCAUAACUAUUAAAUUAGCCCGGCAGGUCAUUUCCCUCAUGAUGAAGUUCUCGAGGUGGUGAAGUUGAACUAUUUACUGCACUGUUGGAUCAAAAGUGUAGAAUCGAAGGCUCAGGCACACUGCCUCUGCAGCUCUGCUUGAUGAUCCAGAGGUUGUCCAAUAUGAUCUCACUAAGGACUUGGAGUUUAUCAGGGAAGGAUCUAAAAAGUUGGUAAGAGUAUGCUUCCUUGGCUCACAUUAUUCGCUUGGGAAGCUAAUACAAUCUCAGAUCAAAGAUAGGUUAAGGAACUUAAGAUUGAAACCUCGAUGAUGAAGCCAUGUAUGUGAUUUAAUUGCGACUUCUUGUAGAUACGUAAAUUUGCCUUAUUCUUGUAAUUGAACAAACAGGGUGUAUUACUGAUUAGUAAUUGAUGCUUGUGAAAUUAAUACGUUUAUGUACAGAUGAUUCUUAGUGUAAGGGAGAUCAAGGAAGAGUAUA